CGACCGUCCGCACCGGCCUUCCUGGAGCACGGAGAUCAUCCGGACACUGGCCGCAUCUCAUUUUUUCUCGUUGCUGCCCACCCCAGUCGGCACCACUUCCUUCGCCUUGGAUCAUGUUCAAGAAAUUUGACGAAAAGGAAAAUGUAUCCAACUGCAUCCAGUUGAAAACUUCAGUUAUUAAGGGCAUCAAGAACCAACUGAUAGAGCAAUUUCCAGGUAUCGAACCAUGGCUUAAUCAAAUCAUGCCGAAGAAAGAUCCCGUCAAAAUAGUCCGAUGCCAUGAGCAUAUGGAAAUCCUUACGGUAAAUGGAGAGUUACUAUUUUUUAGACAAAGAAAAGGGCCUUUUUACCCAACCUUAAGAUUACUUCACAAAUACCCUUUCAUCCUGCCACACCAGCAGGUUGAUAAAGGAGCCAUCAAAUUUGUGCUCAGUGGCGCAAAUAUCAUGUGCCCGGGUUUAACUUCUUCUGGCGCAAAGCUUUAUCCCGCCGCGGAAGAUACGAUUGUUGCGGUCAUGGCAGAAGGAAAACAGCACGCUCUGUGUGUUGGAGUCAUGAAGAUGUCUGCAGAAGAUAUCGAGAAAGUCAACAAAGGAAUCGGCAUUGAAAAUAUCCAUUAUUUAAAUGAUGGCCUGUGGCACAUGAAGACAUAUAAAUGAGCCUUAGAAGAAAUCCACUUGUGCUAAAUAUGGAUAUUGUGUCGUAUUUGUGUUUUGUGUCUGUGUGUGACAGCAUGGUGACGAUGCCUCUGUGGUUAUGCUGAAUAAAUUCAACAGAUGCCUCAAAAACAAAAAAAACUAGGGUGCKCUUACCACAGAGGAGAAAACAAAUUGGGGGACAAGCAGCAAUCUGCUGCACUUGAAUUUGGAAGGAGUGACUGCACCCUGAGACCCUGGCCAACCUCCACCACCUCUCUGGGCUUCCUCAUUAGGAAGCUUGGAAGCAACUGAGAAUGGGUCUGACAUCAGGAUGUCUACCGGGGGCUCCCGACAAGAGCAGCAACAGGAACUCCCUCCUGCCUUUUCUCCAGUCCUCCAUCUCUUUCCUUCUUCUUYCUCUGCUAGUGAAUUAGGGGUGCCAGUAACCUUGAUUCCUUUGAUAGCAAAGUAGAAUUUCCAGAAUGUACUAGGACCUUGCUAAAGACCAGUAACAGCUGGCAUUGAUUGAGUACUUCUGUGUACCCCACACUGUGCUAAGGACAUUGUAAGGACAGACUCACUCCCAUAGCAGCCCUAUGAGGGAGGUGCUAUUGCCUUUUUUCACAGAUGAAGCUCAGAGAGGGAACUGCUUUCCCUAAGGUUACCUAGCUACCGGUGGCAGAGCCUGUGCUUCCAGCACCAUGGACCACUUCCCACUAAACCUGUAUUAAACCCGUACUCUCUCUGGGUAUCUUUAACCUUCUCUAGAAAAUUGGGGGACUAGGGGAGGCUCCAGUGAGYUCUCUCCAUCAUAAUAUUCUCACCAGUCUGGGGCAGCCUCAGCUGAGCCCCUGGGCCUGAGGGCCUCUGACAGUGCCCACAGCCAUGCCCUCCUCAGUCCAGAGGCUGACAUAUGGGAGGGACAGUCCCGCCCUGGGGAGUGGACUUACCUGGCUUCUCU